GUGUGCUCCUCUCGCUUGCUGUUCUCUCCUGCUGCAGAGCCAGAGUUGAGGAUGUCGGGUCUGGGUUUUCUACCGCUGCCGAAUCCGAGGUGAGGACGUCCGGGGCUGAUUUCCUCCCGCUGCUGAGAUGAGAGGGUGGACUGGACUUACCUGCACGCAGGAUGAGACGAGGGACGGAGCUGGCUGCGCUGUGGCCGGGAAGCAGUCGAGUUGUCGCCAUCUAUUCAAUCUGCAAACACAACUGCUUCAGCAUGCCAAAGUGCCCUAAGUGCCAGAAGGAGGUUUACUUCGCCGAGAGGGUGACAUCACUCGGUAAGGACUGGCACAGGCCCUGUCUGAGAUGUGAGAAGUGCAACAAGAUACUGACACCAGGCUCACAUGCAGAGCAUGAAGGGAAGCCAUACUGCCACAACCCCUGCUAUUGUGUACUGUUUGGACCUAAAGGAUAUGGACAUGGUGGAACAAAGUGUCACACCUAUAAAUAGAAAGGAGCUCUAAGGUGUUGCCUGGAUACUAGAUCGAAGACACCAGCAUGGUCACAAGUCCCGAUAUCAAUCAGACUCAUUCAGGAGCAACACUUUGUGUGCAUCACUUUUAUUACCUACGCCGGCAGGAGGUUAUGUAAAGGGUUCUGUAUAUUUGUCCGUUUCUUUUUUUUUGUAUGUGUACAAGAUAACUCGAGAGCAGAAAGUCGGAUCUUCACCAAACUUUCAGGGAAUAUUGGGAUAGUGACAG